AUGACCGAGGGAGGGCAAAAGAAGCGAUGGGGGAUGGUGUUCGCGCUGUUCAUCGCGUUCGUGCUGUGUAACUUGGACAAGGUGAACAUGUCGGUGGCCAUCGUGCCGAUGGCGGAGUCGUUCGGGUGGACGGCGACGCAAAAGGGCUUGGUCGCGUCCGCGUUCUUCUGGGGUUAUUCGUUCACGCAGAUCCCGGGUGGGUGGUUGGCGAGUAAGUACGGCGGUAAAGCCGUCUUGUUCUGGGGCGUCAUGCUCUGGUCGUUCGGUACGCUCAUCGCGCCGUGGUGCGCGGCGCUCGGCAUGCCGGCGCUGCUCGCGUCGAGAUUCUUGGUCGGUCUCGGCGAAGGCGUCGCGCCGUCCGCGGCGACCGGCGUGUUGGCGAAGGGCGUUCCGCCGAGCCAGCGAUCGAAGGCCGUGACCUCCGCCUUCGGCGGUCUCGACGUCGGCUCGUUGUUGGGUUUGCUCAUCGCGCCGCCGAUCAUCUUCCACCUCGGCGGCUGGGCCGCCGUCUUUUACUUGUUCGGCGCCCUCGGCUUCUUCUGGGGCGCGUGGUGGUUCAUCUCCUACAUGCGCGAUUCCUCCACGGACAUGAAGGAAGUCGAAACCACCGGCGCUAAGAAGGGUCUCUCCAUCCCGUGGGCCGCCUUUGUGCGCAACCCGCAGUUUUGGGCGCUCACCGUCGCGCACUUUACGUGGAACUACUUUUCCUACGGCUUGCUCGCGUGGUUGCCGUCCUUCUUGGCGAGCGCCAUGGGCGUGACUUUGUCCAAGUCGUCUUUCCUCUCCAUUCUUCCUUACUUGUCCACCGUCAUCGUGACCGCGCUCAUCGCCCCACUCGCCGGUGAACUCGAGGCGAAGAAGAAGCUCACGCGAACGCAAAUUCGCAAGGGCUCGCAGACGCUCUGCUUUGGCGUCGGCGCCGUGACGCUCACGAUGAUUGGCUUGAUCGUGAACGCCACCCCGGUGGCCGCGGUGACGAACCAAACCAUCGGCAUGGUUGUCGGUCUCCUGUCCGUCACCUUCGGCUUCGCCGCGUUCAUCCGCACUGGUUUGUUCUGCGGUCACCAAGACCUUUCGCCGAAGUACGCGUCCAUCAUGUUGGGCGUCACCAACACGGCGGCGGCCAUCGCGUCGACUCUUUCCACCUUCUUCACCGGUCUUUUCCUUUCCAUGACCGGCGGCAACUGGGCGUACUCCUUGUUCUUCCCGAUCGCUGCCCUUCAAUUGGUUUCCGUGUUCGUCUUCCUCAUCUGGAAGUCCGACCCGGUUGACUUCGACGCCGUCGCCUAA